GGGUUUUGCAGUUAUUACCGCCGAUUUAUCGCGGGCUUCUCCAAGGUUGCACGACGAAUUUGUGCACUAAAAAGGGCAGUGGGUCCCAAUGUGACAAGUUGUUUCAAGACUCUUUGACAUCUGAAUGCCAGCAGGCAUUUGAGCAUCUUAAGAAGGAGCUGACCUGCGCUCCAGUGCUGGGAUAUGCAGACUUCUCCCUUCCGUACGUGUUAGAGACAGAUGCCAGUAAUUUGGGCCUGGGUGCUGUCCUUUACCAGCUUCAGGAUGGGAGGAAGAAAGUAAUUGCCUAUGCAAGUAGGAGGCUGAGAGGCGCUGAACGUAACGAUCGCAACUACAGCAGCAUGAAACUGGAACUCCUGGCCUUAAAGUGGGCUGUAGUAGAGAAGGGUUUAUCUGCUGGGGUCUCGGUUCACCGUUCUAACCGACAACAAUCCGCUCUGUCACCUUAACACUGCGAAGCUGGGAGCAGUGGAGCAGUGAUGGGUGGCACAACUAGCUGUAUUUGAGUUCGAGAUCUGCUACCGACUAGGUCGUUGUAAUACAGUGGCUGAUGCUCUCUCCCAGAGGCCGGGGCUGGAUGAGGUGGAGGUAGUGGUCGAAGAUACCUAGUAUGAUGGCUGUGUGGCCAUUUGUAGUGAGCUGCAUGGGGGAACAGCCAUAGACCCAGAUCUCACCGUGUUGGGACCAGCGCUAGGGGAGCUUACAGAGAGGAAAGCCCAGACUCUGCCCUUGAAAACACUCCGACCUUACCUGGAUAUACUAAGGAGGAGCUCUGUCGUCUUCAAGAUGCAGAUCCUUUCCUGAAACUACUGAAGCAGUUUUGGCAUACCAGAAGGAAGCCCUCAGCCCGCGAGAGAAGGGGACUCCCCCGGCAAGUGCGGUCAUUGCUUAAACAGUGGGGUAAGAUCAAGGAAGAGGAAGGAUUAUUGUAUCGUGUGGUAGAUGAUGUAUUCCUAGGCGAGUGUCAACAGCUGUUACUUCCCACUUUCUUGGUUGAGCUGGUGCUACGGAGUGUCCAUGAUCAAAUGGGACACCAGAGAAUUGAGAGAACCCUGAGCUUGCUCAAGCCAAGAUGCUAUUGGGCAGGGAUGCAAUGAGGCUGUAGACACCUGGGUGAAGAAUUGUCAUUGCUGUGUGCUUGCUAAGCUGCCGCAGCCUAAGAUUCAGGCAUCCUGGACCCCUUUUUUGGCUUCCCAACCACUGGAAGUGGUAGCUGUUGAUUUUACCACUCUGGAGCCUGCCUCUGACGGCUGAGAAAACGUCCUGGUGGUGACGGAUGUCUUCACUAAGUUUUGUCAGGCGUUCCCCACACGUGAUCAGAAGGCAGAUACCACCGCUAAGCUGCUCCUGAAAGAGUAGUUUCUCAAGUAUGGAGUGCCACAGAGACUGCACUCCGACCAGGGGAGAAACUUUGAGAGUGCAGUCAUUGCGGAGCUGUGCGGGUUGUAUGGGGUGCUGAAGUUGAGGACCACCCCAUAUCAUCCGCAAGGGAAAUCCCCACUGUGAACGAUUUAACCGCACUCUACAUGACCUGCUGCGCUCGCUGCCCCCUGACAAGAAGAACAGAUGGCCUGAACACUUACUGGAAUUGGUGUAUGCUUAUAACGUGACGCCUCACUCCUCCACAGGAUACUCCCCAUAUUACAUGUUGUUUGGUACACAACCGCACCUUCCGGUUGAUGCGUUGUUGGGACGAGAGACUGAGGAGGGCAUGGAAACCAACUGGUUGUCUGUCCACAGGGAGCGUCACCAGGAUGCUCAUGCUAGAGCGAGAGAAUAUGCGGGGAAAAAAGCUGCGGAAUGGACUGCCAAGCAUGAGAGUGAGGUUUAUUGCCUGGAGAUCUCUAUUGGACAGCAAGUGUACUUGAGGCACUGUCCGGCAGGGAGAAAUAAGAUUCAAGAUGCAUGGGCGCCACAGGUCUACGUAGUGAAGGAUGUUCUAGGAACUACAUAUGUGGUGGGGCCAGACGGAGGUGGUGUGCAAAGAAGAGCCCAUUGGUCGCAUCUUCAACCUUGUCCACAACCAACCCCAGUGGCAGCACCGCAUAGCAAAGUACGCUAUUCGAAAGAAGUUGUCAGUCCAUCGGAUGGAAAAAUAUCAGUGUCUCCGGAUGGUGAGUGUGUAGUGGUGGAGGAGACAUGGCAUAUGGCGGAGGGGCAAUCCAUACCUUCAGGAGAUGAAUGGGUAGAAUGUCCCAGUACACCGGUAGAUGUUUUGAAUGCACCUGGGGUUAAAGAACAAGAGAGUGCUGAUGAAUCGAGAACGGCAGUGGAGAGGAGUGUAGACGAAGGAGGGGAUGACGUGGAGGUGAUACCUACGGACUUGGUUCCAGAUGCAGUCAGGAACUGUCCAGUCCCUGCCCCGAGGAGUAAGUUGACUGCCCCAGUUGAGCCAAGAAUACCAGUCCCGGUGCCGCGUUGGUCCCAAAGGCAGACAGCGGGUAAACACAGUAACCCGUAUAGCCUGCCCAAGUCAGUUUGUAAUGCAGUUUCCUUCACCCCAGACAUUUUGUCUCAAGUUUUGGCCGGCAUGGUACUGUAUACGUCUGAAAAACUGAAAAGUACUGUGGACGGUUAAAAGGGAAGUCCACGAGGACGUUGACUUAUGGCAGGGGAGAGUGUGACCAGGGCAAAAAAGGGUGUGUGAUAACACCUCCCUGCCGCUUGGGACGCUUGGGUAUGCUUUGUGCAGUGUGGUAGCGGGAGGAGAAGGCGGGUUUUCCGAGUGGCCUUGCUGAUCUGUGUUGAGCACACGCGAGUUGGGAAAUGUUACGGUUUACUCAUAGGAAAAAAGGGGAAUUCCCCAUUGCAGUUUCAGAGCGUCGCCGUUCAGCUGUUGGAUUGGCUGGUGAUUGGUUGGAUUUUCACGUUUCUCUGAGUGCGGGGAAUGUUUGUGUGGUGGGACCGUGUACUUCACAGUGACGGAGAUUGAGCGUGAGUGUUUAUUUAUUCUGUUCAUGUACUGGUUGAUCAUUGUAUAUUAUCGUUAUGAUAUUGAGAAGAAAGUUUAAAGUACCUCUUUCUCUUUUAACGACAUAAUAUCAGAGGGGAGAGCGAGUGCACGUGUGGACACGCGUGAGCAACGGCUCAGUGGAUCUCUUAGUGCAGUUCAUCGUUCAACCAAAAGCAUCAUAAGCCACUACCGUUGUUUAUCAGGGUAUUAACAAGAAAACUUGUACUUGUGUAUUUCGUUUACAUUUAUAUACUGUCGUAUGAAUUGUAAAGGGAGACUGUAUAAAAGGGGGAAAGAAAAACGCAGCAAACUCCUUGUUGGACAAUCGGGUUUCUUUUAUUGUUUUUUCUCAGUAUAUGUUUCAUUUCUGGAUCUUGCUUAUAAGUGGAAAUCUCUGUCAUUAAUGCCACAGUCUUUGUAUACGUGGUCACAAAUAAAGAACCCUUUUCGUUAUAGAUGUCUGAUGAUAUUUGGUUUACUCCUGGAGUAAGUACAUUAUCCCUUGUAGUCAUUCUCUGGAAAUCAGGACAUUUGUGCCUGAAGAUUUCAAGAUUUUGGAUUGUGGGGCAUUUCACUGCAUCCACAAAAAAAUAAAUCACUUUUAAUUUUAUCACAGGCUUUAUGAAGAAUCAAUCCAUGUUUAAUACAGUCUUUACC